CUCCCGGGACGGCGCCCGCACAGCCGCGGCGCGAUGGCAGCGGCCGCAGGCCCCGGGGCCAAGAAGGGUAUUCUGGAACGUCUGGAGAGUGGGGAGGUUGUGGUUGGAGAUGGCAGCUUUCUCAUUACUCUGGAGAAGAGGGGCUACGUGAAGGCUGGGCUCUGGACUCCAGAAGCCGUCACCGAGCAUCCAAACGCAGUUCGUCAGCUUCACACGGAAUUCUUGAGAGCGGGAUCAAAUGUCAUGCAGACUUUCACCUUUUCUGCCAGUGAGGAAAAUAUGGAAAGCAAGUGGGAAGACGUAAACGCCGCUGCCUGUGACCUGGCCCGGGAAGUGGCUGACAAAGGUGAUGCUUUGGUAGCAGGGGGGAUCUGCCAGACAUCGGUAUACAAACGCCACAAGGAUGAAGCUAGAAUUAAAAAACUUUUUCGACAGCAGCUAGAGGUUUUUGCCAGGAAAGAUGUGGACUUCUUGAUUGCAGAGUAUUUUGAGCAUGCUGAAGAAGCUGUGUGGGCUGUGGAAGUCUUAAAAGAACCCGGCAAACCUGUGGCAGCUACCAUGUGCACAGGACCAGAGGGAGACAUGCAUGGCGUAACACCUGGAGAGUGUGCUGUGAAGCUGGUGAAAGCAGGGGCUUCAAUCGUUGGCGUGAACUGUCGAUUUGGGCCCAGGACCAGCCUGCAGACAAUGAAGCUCAUGAAGGAGGGCCUACGUGCCGCAGGGUUGAAGGCGCACCUGAUGGUGCAGCCCCUGGGGUUCCACACGCCCGACUGCGGCAAAGGAGGGUUUGUGGAUCUCCCAGAAUACCCCUUUGCACUGGAGCCCAGACUUGCAACGAGAUGGGACAUUCAAAACUAUGCCAGAGAGGCCUACAACCUGGGGGUCAGGUACAUUGGCGGGUGCUGUGGAUUUGAGCCCUACCACAUCAGGGCGAUCGCAGAGGAGCUGGCCCCAGAAAGGGGCUUUUGGCCUCCGGCUUCGGACAAACAUGGUAGUUGGGGAAGUGGCCUCAAUAUGCACACCAAACCCUGGAUUAGAGCCAGGGCUAGAAGGGAGUAUUGGGAGAAUCUGCUGCCGGCUUCGGGCAGACCUUUCUGUCCUCCACUGUCAAAGCCAGACGCCUAAGAAAUAGUGAAGAAAACACUACAAUAAUCGAACAGAGAGAAAUCUCCCUCAAGCUCCACCUGGAACUCCUCCUGGCCUUUAUCCUCGGCCCACCCUGACAACUCCAGCUGCUGGACAGCUAUGUGCUGCAGGCCCUUCAGUUCAAUCAACACCAGCGUGGUGCGCCCCUGCUGUGGUUGAGCACCGAGAGCGGAUGCUGUGGGAGAUGCAAAGGUGAUGGGAAAGCUCCUUGUUCUGGGCACUUACUGUCCAGUAAUGCUGCAGUGCAUUCUUUUGAAAGUCAUCAAGGGUAGCAAACCUUGUCUUUUAGGGUGAAUUUGAGAUUUUAAAACAACCAGAAGUCACUGAGCACCAACCCUAGUGAUUAAUUCAGGUGACUAAGCUACGUGCUUAAG